AUGGCUUCUCCAGGCCAGAACCAGGGCAUUGUGCCAGCGAGUCAACCUCUGACUCCACCCGCCGAAUCCUCAGGGGCCAACGGCACCUCCGCCCCAGCAGCAACCACUUCGCAACCAUCCGCCGCGGUCCCCGCGACAGCACCAACCACAUCAACAGGGCACCCAUCACACAUCCCCGGAACAUCUUUACAAGAUAGCGGUAAAACGCGCCGCCCGCGCGAUGUGCGCUUGAUUCACAUGCUUCUCGCGUCACUAGGCGUAACAGCCUACCAAGACCGCGUACCCCUCCAACUCCUCGACUUCGCCUACCGCUAUACCUCCAACGUACUUCAAGAUGCCGUCCACCUCGCCACAGAAGGCUAUGCCGGAGCGGUGGGUGAUGCCGCCGGGAACACAGGCAAGAACGCCAACUCAGCAGAGGUCAAUGGUGUUUCGCUCCCAGCGCUGCGGCUGAGCAUUGCGUCGCGGCUACACUAUCAAUUCCAGACUGGAUUACCGAAGGAAUUCCUGAUGGACGUUGCAUCCGAGAGAAAUCGUAUUGCGCUGCCUGGUGUGUCGAGAGGAUUCGAUGCUGCGGCCCAGGGUGGGCCCAACGGGGCACCUGCGGCUGCGGCGAACCAGAGCGUCAUGAUGGCUGGUAUGCGGUUGCCGCCAGAGCGAUUCUGUCUUACAGGAACAGGGUGGAAUAUGAAAGAUGAAUGGGAUAGUGAAGGCGAGGAAGAGGAGGAUAUACCAGAUGCCCCUGCGCCGGGUGCUGGCGAGGACGAGGAGGGAGAAAAUGAGGAAGAGAACGAUGGCAAGAUGGAGGAUAUCUUUGGCGAAGACACUGCCAUGGGCGAAGCGGGUGAUGAUGAAGACCACAAGAUGAAUGAUGUUUAG